AGUUUAAUUAUGUGUUGAACGAGCCCGACAUUAUUAUUAAUUUGAUAGGCCACAGCUUACGCUUGUGAUAAAAAAAAGAAAACAAGUUAAAAGGAGGCCAGCGAUAUAAAGGAACGUUUCCAUUACACGAAUGUCUGGAGGUCUCCCCGAAAUCUCGAUAUUAAUGUCUACCACCCCAGCACGAACCCGCGUAUAUUCAUUAAAAUCAACACAAUUCACAAUCCAAUCAUUUCGUACAUUGAUAAGCAAAUACUGGACGUUUUCCUAAGAGAUAUACCGUGUACAUUUCAUGUAAUGUGUUUUGUCUCUUUACGGUAGAUUUUAAACUUUAAAACGGCUAUUUAAAGAAUACAUAAAGAAUACAGUCUUUCUUUUCAUUUAUAUAUAAGGAUCGCGUUAGACCUUGGAGAUAUUCUGCUUGACUAGAUAAUAUGGCGAACGGACAAAGAUCAGAUUAAAAGGUGUUUUAAAUGCAAAUGUAAAUACGUGGAGGAAAUUGACAUACAUUUUGAAAUAUUCACCUUUAAUGUAGGAGCAGGAGUUUUUACGAAAAAAAGACUACUGAAAUGGCGGCUUUAGUAGAAAAUCCGCUAGAAAACAAUUUGUCUGGACAGAAAUCGGUUAUCGACGACUCUAUAAAGACAGGAGAAGUUAUCCAAUUGAAGGAAGCCAAAUUUAACGAGGAUGGGGUUCUUCAAUAUAAGGACACAGUUUUAGAUAAGGAAAAUCUUCAUCUUGUUGGAUCACUUAAAAAGUCGGAGGACAUUGUAAAACACGACAUAGCAAAAAGACCAAAAGCCAAUGAAGCCAAAAAUGACAUUGAUGGCAAAACGGAAAUGACGACAUCUUCUCGACCGGUUACGGGUGUUUCUGUAAAGCACAUCGGGGAUGACAAAACAGAGACUUCGCGAGACACCAAUAGUCCUUCAAAAAGGAAUGGAGUACGUUCAUAUUCGGAAUAUGGAAGAUCGAGCUCGAACAGACAAUCUGUUUUGGCUCCUGGAAAAGGCAGAUUUGACCCCAUCCCGCCCCCUAAUGGUAGCAAUUACCGGGGUAUGCCGAGUCCAACUCCUAAACACAUCCGGGUACCGACCAAACUUAUCCGCCUAACGACAGUCACCGUAUCCGCUAAAACGAAACCGGCUCCCCGACCACCAAUGAGCAGUCUGUAUUAUGAAGAGCCCAAAAAGCCGAAGAAGGUGGUUGGUUGGGACGAGGCGAACAGUGCCCGACCCCCACUGAGGAUCGAUAUGGAGGGACCAGGGCCGUGUACAUACUCACCGCAGAAUAAACCUUUGUAUGAAACGAACGCCCCGUCCUGGUCGUUUGGCAGCAAAACUCAACCAGAUAAAGAUGGUGGAGGCCGAACCUCGUGGGAGAAAUCGUGGUUUCAAAGUCCCCACAUAUACCAACAGAAAACAGAUUUCUUCUCCGAUAAUGCGUGGCCUACGCCAAGCUCCUACACACAGCGCCCACUUCUGGGGCCCAGACAGAGGACCACGAUUGAGGCCCCUUCCUUCAGUAUCGGUGUCAGGAGGAAAAUCGACUUGUCCAACCCAGGGUCAUUUAAACAGCCCUCACCCGGGGAGUACGAGAAGAACCAGGCGGACAAAGUAGUGUACAGAUCCAGUCCUGCCUUCUCACACCAGUUCCGCAGAGAAGGGACAGUGCUCUGGUCCCAUAAUGAAAAGACCCCCGGUCCGGCAGCGUACAGUCCUCGUCUAGAUAAUUCCAAACUGAUGAGCCCAGCUUUCACCAUCCGAAGUUUACGGCGGGAAAAGUCGCACGUGCUUGGGCCUUUCGCUACCUUCUGAUUGUUGUGAACUUUUCCUACCUGUCUGUGAUAAAGAUACGUUUAAGGAUCUACUGUUAAUUUUAUAAUUUUAUAUGUAUAAUAUCUUUAUGUGAUAUAUAUGUUAUAUUUUCUUAUAUAUAUUGUUGAUAUAUUUGUGUAAUAUGUUGAAUUUUGCUCAAACGAGUCAUUGCAGUAUUUUUAUUUAUUUUUCUUGUGAAAAAAAUAAAAUAAGCGAAAGCCAG